UAUCUUAAAAUAGCGGAAGUUUGUUGCGCUAUUUCAAAAUAAUCUAUCAAAAGUUUUUAGUAUGUUUUGAACCUCGAGGUGCUAAUGCAAUCAAUAUCUUGCUUGUAAAACAACAUAUCAUUUAGUAACAUAAUAAGUGAAAAUGGAGAAGGAAAUUCAUAUACAAAUGAAAGACAACUCGCCGUCGAUAGAAGUGAAAAUGGAGGAAAAGACACAUGUACAAGUGAAAGACAAGUCGCCGUCGAUAGAAUGCAUCUUACGUCCAAUAUCAUACGCUGCAUGGUUCCUAGGCGUCGGUAUUGCACAUCCGCGAAAGUGUCCCAAGGCUAUAACGAUGACCAUACAUAUAGUUUAUAUGAUUCUGUAUUUCUUUUUAGUGGAAAAAAUAGCAUCAUUCAUCGUCCUUUUUUUCAAUCAUGAGUUAGACAUAGCCGUUUACCUACAUUUCCUAAAUCAAAUAAUGUGUUGCGUAUCAACCUAUUAUUACAUUUAUCACGGAAUUAGACAGUACAACAAGUGGCCGAAACUGAUGGACAAAUUGAAAGACAUCGAUCAGAAGAUCAAGAAGGAAAUAUCAAUGAAUGACCGAUCUAUAAAAAUUGUCGUAGCGCUAGCAGUUUUCGCGACGUUUAUUUCCUAUCCUUUGAUAGUGAUCUUUCACUUUUUAUAUUGUCACGUACAGACAGAUACAAGUUACCUUACAAUUAGUGUUUUUCAUUGGGCAUAUUUUGUGUCUUACUACAUGUCAUGCCAGUCGAUGAUUAACAGCUUUGUCUUUGACAUAAUCGUGUAUGUGUUAUAUUGCAGAUUUCAAACAAUAAAUAAAUUGAUCUGUCAGUUAGACAAGUCAUCUGAUGUAUUAUGGAUCGCGUUCAAAAUUAGAGGCAUUAGAAAAAUGCAUACUGAUAUUUGUGAUCUCGUUAACAUGGUAAACGACAUUUAUAGUCUUCAUCUUCUCUUCUGCUUGACGAAUUGCUUCACCAUGGCUGUGAAUGUGCUUUUCCAAGUUUACAUUUUGGACAUAGCCAACAAAGACUUUGAGUUUUUACUGGUAUGGAAUUUCGAUUUCAUUGCGUAUGUCACGCAAUUCUAUUUGAUUUGCUUGGUUUGUACACUCGCAUGUCAAGAAUCUAACAAAAGCGGAAGAAUUAUAUAUGAAAUUAUAUUGAAUUACAAACCCGCGAAUCUUGAUGAUCAUGAGGCGAGUAAUCUAUCGAGUCUAGAAAUGCGACCUCCACUUGAAGAUCUAGGCAACGAGCAAAGUUUCAAUCGGAGUCACAACUUGAGGUACGGCAUCAUGGAAAAUCUGUUGCGUGGAAAUCCUGAUCAAGAGUGCCUUAGAAAGGAGAUCAAUGAUUUUUCGAUUCAACUGCAACAGAAUCGAAUAGCAUUUACGGCCUGCAAUUUCUUUGAAAUAAACAAUGGUUUGUUCACAACGUUUGUCGAGGUGAUCGUCACUUAUCUACUAGUCGUCGGUCAACUUUAUCAACAACCUAAAGAUUUAAGCAUGAUAAAGGAACUUAUUUUAAAAACAAAAAACCAAACGUACUCGCAGAAUUAAUAAGUACAGUUUUGAAUAAAGCGGCAAAUACGUAACUGAUGCCCAGAAGUAAAAUAAAAGGAUGUCUUGUAAUUA